GGACCUUUCCACUCUUAGAUAGCUUUACAUGCCUGCUCUCUUUUCUUCGGUGAGGGGGAGAGGAAAAUCGGAUUGAAGGAGCAGUCCAUCUCUAGCAAUUGUGUAUCUUUAAUAACACACACACACAGUGGGCAGGGAAGUGAGGGGGUGUAUGUUAGUGUGUGUGUCAGUGUAUGUGUGUGUGUGUUAGUAUGUGUGUGUGUGUGAUGGGGCUGCUCUUGUGCGCUUGCUAGUAUUUGCUCUGUAUUUUCCUAUCCUCUGAUCCUCUUUGCAGAGACUCCCGAUCCAGGUCUGAGUAGCUGCUUGGCGUCCAGUCCACGUCUUGGCUGAGUCCCCCUCGGCUUUUAAUCAUGCCCCUCUGUCUGUGUGUGAGUGCAGGCAGGCUGACAAUGAUUUCCUCAGUGAUUACGUACAGAGCGAGUCCCUGCGGGUUAGGGGCCCCCUCUGGAGCCAUCCUGAUGGCUUUAGGGGCCUUGCUUCUAUUUUCCAUUAUUAUGUGGACUACCGGAGCGACAGCGCAGUCCAAGACCUUGCAGUGGAGAGGGCAGACAGGGAGGCUGCAGGAAAGCAGAGUGCUCUUGUUAAGGGAUCCUCGGUUUCUGUUGCCUUAGUUGUUAACGGGCUGACACUGAACAACUCCAGCUGCUUGCUUUUAGGAUGUCUCGCCGCAAGCAAGCUAAACCAAGAUCACUGAAAGAUCCCAACUGCAAACUAGAAGAUAAGAGUGAAGAUGGUGAAGCGACAGAUUGCAAGCGAAGACAGGAGGAGGGUGAGGAGCUAGAAGAAGUGGUUCACAGUUGUGAUGUUUGCCUUCAGGUGUUUGAGUCACUGAGCGAUAUCACAGAACACAAGAUCAAUCAGUGUCAACUAACAGAUGGGGCAGAUGUAGAAGAUGAUCCUAGCUGCUCAUGGCCAGCUUCAUCACCCUCUAGUAAAGACCAGACGUCUCCAAGUCACGGGGAAGGUUGUGACUUUGGAGAAGAGGAAGGCAUCCCAGGAUUGCCAUACCCAUGCCAGUUUUGUGAUAAGUCGUUCAGUCGCCUAAGCUACUUAAAGCACCACGAACAAAGCCACAGUGACAAACUGCCUUUCAAGUGCACCUAUUGUAGUAGACUGUUUAAACACAAACGAAGUAGAGACCGCCAUAUAAAACUUCACACAGGAGACAAAAAAUAUCACUGCAGUGAAUGUGAUGCAGCUUUCUCCAGAAGUGACCAUCUUAAAAUCCAUUUAAAGACUCAUACGUCUAACAAGCCAUAUAAAUGUGCCAUAUGUCGACGAGGGUUUCUGUCUUCUAGUUCAUUACAUGGCCACAUGCAGGUUCAUGAGCGGAAUAAAGAUUGUUCUCAGUCAGGUUCUAGAAUGGAAGAAUGGAAAAUGAAAGACACACAAAAGUGCAGCCAGUGUGAGGAAGGAUUUGAUUUCCCAGAGGAUCUCCAGAAACACAUAGCUGAAUGUCAUCCUGAAUGUUCUCCGAAUGAUGACCGAGCAGCUCUCCAGUGUAUGUACUGCCACGAACUGUUUGUUGACGAGACAUCCCUGUUAAAUCACAUGGAGCAAAUACACAGCAAUGAAAAGAAGAAUUCUUGCAACAUUUGCUCUGAGAAUUUCCAUAGCAUUGAAGAGCUCUACAGCCAUAUGGACAGCCAUCAGCACCCAGAGUCUUGCAAUCCCAGCAAUAGCCCUUCCUUGGUCACUGUUGGCUAUACUUCAGUAUCUAGUACUACCCCAGAUUCCAAUCUGUCUGUGGACAGUUCAACUAUGGUAGAUGUUGCCCCUGCUUUGACAAAAAGUCGUGGGAGGAAGAGGGCUGCCCAGCAAACGGGGGAUGGCAGUGCCCCUUCGAGCAAACAAGCAAAAGUUACUUAUAGCUGCAUAUAUUGCAGCAAACAGCUGUUUUCAAGCUUGGCAGUUCUACAGAUCCACCUAAAAACUAUGCAUUUAGAUAAACCAGAGCAGGCUCACAUCUGUCAGUACUGUUUAGAAGUUUUACCGUCUCUCUACAAUUUAAAUGAACAUCUUAAACAGGUACACGAAGCUCAGGACCCAGCACUAAUAGUUUCUACUCUGCCUGCUAUGGUCUAUCAGUGUAACUUUUGCUCUGAAAUAUUCAAUGACCUUAAUAUGCUUCAAGAACACAUUAGAAGUUCUCAUGGAUUUGUCAACCCUGUUGCAAAAGACAGCAAUGCAUUCUUUUGUCCCCACUGCUAUAUGGGAUUUCUUACUGACUCUUCUUUAGAGGAGCACAUUCGACAAGUUCAUUGUGACCUCAGCAGUUCCCGUUUUGGAUCUCCAGUUUUGGGAACCCCGAAAGAUCCAGUAGUUGAGGUUUAUUCUUGUUCAUACUGCACAAAUUCUCCAAUCUUUAAUAGUGUUCUUAAAUUAAACAAGCAUAUCAAAGAAAAUCAUAAGAAUAUUCCUCUAGCAUUGAAUUACAUCCAUAAUGGGAAGAAGUCUAGAGCUCUGAGUCCCUUAUCUCCCGUUACUAUGGAGCAAUCAUCUUUAAAGAUGAUGCAGACCGUAGGUGGCACUCCUUCAAGACCUGCAGGCGAGUACAUCUGUAAUCAAUGUGGUGCCAAAUAUACCUCCCUUGAUGGUUUUCAGACUCACUUAAAAACUCAUCUCGAUACUGUUCUGCCAAAAUUGACAUGCCCUCAAUGCAACAAAGAAUUUCCAAACCAAGAAUCCCUCCUGAAGCAUGUUACUAUUCACUUCAUGAUAACGUCUACAUAUUACAUUUGCGAAAGCUGUGACAAGCAGUUCACUUCAGUGGAUGACUUGCAGAAGCACUUGCUAGACAUGCACACUUUUGUAUUCUUUCGUUGCACUUUAUGCCAGGAAGUGUUCGACUCCAAAGUCUCCAUUCAGCUUCACUUGGCUGUGAAACACAGUAACGAAAAGAAAGUGUACCGAUGCACGUCCUGUAAUUGGGACUUCCGCUCAGAGACUGACUUGCAGCUUCACGUGAAGCACAAUCACUUGGAGAACCAGGGAAAGAUCCACAAGUGCAUUUUCUGCGGUGAAUCUUUUGGCACGGAGGUAGAGUUACAGUGUCACAUCACAACGCAUAGCAAAAAGUAUAACUGCAAGUUUUGCAGCAAAGCAUUCCAUGCUAUAAUUUUAUUGGAAAAACACUUAAGGGAAAAGCACUGUGUAUUUGAAGCUAAAACACCCAACUGUGGCACCAAUGGAGCAUCUGAGCAAGUUCAGAAAGAGGAGGUGGAGCUUCAGACAUUGUUGACAAACAAUCAAGAGUCGCAUAAUAGCCAUGAUGGAAGUGAAGAAGAUAUUGAUACCUCUGAACCAAUGUAUGGCUGUGACAUUUGCGGUGCUGCCUACACAAUGGACUCUCUACUUCAGAAUCACCAACUCCGAGACCACAAUAUUAGACCUGGAGAAAGUGCUAUUGUUAAAAAGAAAGCAGAAUUGAUUAAAGGCAAUUAUAAAUGCAAUGUAUGCUCCCGUACAUUUUUCUCUGAAAGUGGUUUGAGGGAACAUAUGCAGACACAUUUGGGUCCAGUAAAACAUUACAUGUGUCCAAUCUGUGGAGAACGUUUCCCUUCUCUGCUAACACUUACAGAACACAAAGUUACACACAGCAAGAGCCUUGACACUGGGAACUGCAGAAUAUGUAAGCUUCCUCUGCACAGUGAGGAGGAUUUCUUAGAACAUUGUCAGAUGCAUCCUGACCUGCGGAACUCCUUAACAGGAUUCCGCUGUGUGGUGUGCAUGCAGACGGUCACUUCUACUCUGGAGCUUAAGAUUCAUGGAACGUUUCACAUGCAGAAGACAGGGAAUGGUUCUGCAAUUCAGUCUACGGGUCGCGUACAGAACCUCCAGAAGAUGUUUAAAUGUGCUUCUUGCCUGAAAGAAUUCCGCUACAAACAAGACCUGGUGAAGCUUGAUAUCAAUGGUUUGCCCUACGGGCUGUGUGCCAGCUGUGUGAAUCUCAAUAAAAGUGCCAGUCCGAAUGCCAAUAUGGCUGUACCUAGUAAUAGACCAGUCUUGGGUCAAAAUGAAAACUUGCCCACCAUAGAUGGUAAAAAUAAAGCAGCUGUCUUGAAGACCAGAUGUUCAAGUUGCAAUGUUAAGUUUGAAUCAGAAACAGAACUUCAAAAUCACAUUCAGACAGUUCACAGAGAUCUUGCAUCAGAUGGCAGCACCACGCAGCUCAAAACACCACAAGUAUCUCCUAUGCCCAGGAUCAGCCCAUCACAGUCUGAUGAGAAGAAAACCUACCAAUGCAUCAAGUGUCAGAUGGUCUUCUACAAUGAAUGGGAUAUCCAGGUCCAUGUGGCAAAUCACAUGAUUGAUGAAGGUCUGAACCACGAGUGCAAACUAUGCAGCCAGUCCUUCGAUUCCCCGGCAAAGCUACAGUGCCACCUGAUCGAGCACAGCUUUGAAGGCAUGGGUGGCACAUUCAAGUGCCCAGUCUGUUUCACAGUUUUUGUUCAAGCAAACAAACUGCAGCAGCACAUUUUUUCUGCUCAUGGACAAGAAGAUAAGAUCUAUGAUUGCACACAGUGUCCACAAAAGUUCUUUUUCCAGACGGAACUGCAGAACCACACAAUGACCCAACACAGCAGUUAGUGCAAAUCAGGAUCCUUGGGAAGAUAUGUUUGGAGACAAAGAAAAGGGAACAUGUUUUAAUCUUUGCACGAAAAUUUGAUUGUUCAUGUAUAUUAAUCAAAAUCAUUGUAUUUUACCAUAAAACUUGUAUUAUUGGAACUGUUGGAUGUUCAUGUGUUUGGACUUUUGAGCACCGGAUAAACUUCUUGUAUAUAUACAGUGUUGCACAUGUAUUAUGUUGUUCAAUACUAAACAAGUCUAAUAAAGACAGAUGACUCGGGCCCUAUUCGAAGAAAAGAAGAUUAUGGAGUCGUGAGGAGUGAGGCUUGCACCUAUAUGGACUACUUGCUGAAAGUACAAAAAAACAAUUGGCUUUGUGACACCUUGAGAAACCUUGUCCGAUACAUAUUGGUCUCUACUAUACAUUUUAUUAUCAAACAGCCGAAUCUAAGACUUUUUUUAAAAACAUAUAUUCUGCAGAAGAUUCUCUCGCAGAAAAAGCCUUUUCUCGUCAUUUAGAUAAGUGUGUUGAAUGAGGCCUAUAUAAAUAUAUACAUAUAUAUAUUUGUAAGCCUUGCGGUAUGACAGCAUUAUCGUAUAUGCAAUAGCUGUUCAUGUAGAUUGUCCAGGAAACUUUUCGCCUGGAAGCCAUUUUGAAGCAUUGUCUGUCGAAAAACCCUUUCCUUAUUGAUUUCACACAGCCAAAAUUCUUAAAUCCGUUAAACUAACUUGUAUGUUACUGUUAUUAAUGUUUACUCUGCGGUCUGAACCUGGAGAUUACUGGAAUUGUUUUCAAGAAAAAAAUAAAUUCAAUUUACCAUUA